AUGUUGUUUUUGAACUUUUCUGUGAUUUUCGGUGUGCUUCUGCAGAAAACUGCCGGCGGUUACAAGCUUUUUCCGGGAAUAUUCGAUCCUAAUCCUUUUAUUCCGAGGACACAUCCGGAAGUUUUGCGAAUAACGUCCAGCAUCUACGAUGGUCCGUACAUGUACGGGUGGUCAGGAGGAACCCAAGAUGGUGAAAUUGGCUAUGUGAAAACGAACAGUGACAAAGGAUCCGGUGGAUACCAUCAUCAGGAGAGUUUCCACAAAAAGGAUGGAAAUGAUUACGGUCACGAGGAGCAGUCCGGGUAUGGAGAAUCGAAAGAUGAUGUGAAACACGAUGAUGUUGAUAAGUACAAGACGAUUAUACGGAAGUAUGACCCACAUGCAAGAGAAAAUAGUGAGAGAGAAAAUCCAAAGUACGACGUGAUAGAAGAACAAAGUGAUGAUCACAAAGAUCCCAAUAAGCACACAACAUACGUACCGACGAAAAAGCCGAAAAAGCGUCCAACGAGCACUGCCGAAUUCGGCACCAGACUUACCCCACCGAAAAAAUCAACCCAGCAGAACAACCCCAACGGGUACGAAACGGUAAUAUACCAUGAAAAGGAAAGCAAGGACUCGGAAAACGGCUACAACUGGCGGAACAGUCAUUCUCCGCCGCCCAAGUCGGUGGUCGUCAACCUCGGCGGUGGCAAAUCGCCCAAUGAGCUGGAAGAGGACGACGAUGACGAAGACGGCGAGGAAGAGGAACAACGAUACGAUGGAAAACAGGCGGACAACGAUGCCAACGGACCGUCGGACUCGGAAGGAUCGGAUUACUCGGAUAACUACGACAGCUUUAGGUAUGGUAAUGAGUUCUCGCAUGACGACGAUGACAGUAACCAGGAGCGAACGGCUGAUGAACAAAACACCAAAACGGAUGGAAAUAGAAAAUCUAACCGUAACAACUACGACUAUGACGAGGAAGUGGAUCGAGAGGAAAUCGACGAAUCAGCCAACGAUGAUCGUUAUUACGGAUUUGAUGACGACGAGGAUAGUGGCGAAACUGAAAAGAACAAUCGACGACGGUAUGAUUACACCAGUGAAGCGGAUUACGAUGCACAAUGA